AUAUGUUGUCUAUGGAAAUAAUUAGGUUAUCAUAAACAUAAUUUGCACUAUUUACAACGUCUUCUUGUGUUUAAGUUAUUUAACUAACUGUUACGUUUGUUGACCUUUUGUGUGCCGAAAAUACUGUAGUAAUGUCUGCUAGAGGUGGAAAGAAGCGCCAAAAGGCGAUGACCAAAUCCCAACGCGCUAAUGUUACCUUUCCGGUGGGGCGUAUGCACCGGUACUUGAAGAUGGGAACUCAUCGUUUACGUAUAGGAGUUGGGUCUCCUGUUUACAUGGCAGCUGUGAUAGAAUAUCUAACAGCUGAAGUCUUGGAGUUGGCUGGCAAUGCAGCAAGGGACAACAGGAAAGGUCGUAUCACACCCAGACAUAUUUUGCUGGCUGUUGCAAAUGACGAAGAACUACACUUGUUGCUGAAGAACGUGACCAUAGCCUCGGGUGGCGUGCUGCCCAAGAUCCACCCUGAGUUGCUGGCCAAGAAGAAGGGCGGCAAGUUCGUGAUGGGGAACAACGUGCCGCUGACGGUCCCGUACAAGAAGCCCAUCGCCACCAAGCCCUUGUCGCACAAGAAGCCCAACCCCCCCUCCCCGUCGGCGCCAGCCUCCAGCGGGGUGCGCUUCAAGAAGAGCGCUAGCGCAGCCGCAGUGAAGUCUUCCAAAGGCAAAGGCAAAGCGAAAGAUUCUUCAGCGGCCAACUCGACGGCUGGCACUGGAGUAACAACGCUGUCCGAGAAGAAGCUGUUUCUUGGCCAGAAGUUGACGGUGGUGCAGGGGGACAUCACAAACAUCACCGCGGAUGCACUCGUGCAUCCCACGAACACCAGCUUCGCCAUGAUGGGCGAGGUGGGACAAGCGCUCGAGAAAAGGGGAGGCAAGGAGCUUCAACAGGAAAUGCAAAGUUUACGUUCUUCGCAUGGGAGUCUGGACUCUACAACAGCGGCAAUAUGCCCCGGCCACAACUUUCCUGCCAAGUGGGUGAUCCACGUGAAUGGCCCGUCGUGGAACGAAGUGGACUCCACGGAGAAGCUGGAGAAGACUGUGAAGAGCUGCUUGCUUCUUGCGGACCAGAAAAAUAUCAAGUCGCUGGCAAUUCCUUCCAUAGGGUCGGGCAGGGCGGGCUUCCCAAAGCAACAAGCAGCCCAAACCAUACUGAAGGCAAUCAGCAACUACUUUGUUCAUGUGAUGUCAUCAUCCCUCAAGCAGAUCUACUUUGUGCUCUUCGACAUGGAGAACAUAGGCAUCUACACAGCAGAACUAGCAAAACUGGACUCAUAGGCACAUCCACAUUCUACCAUUCGUGGUUAGAUAUAGAAAUCUUCUAGUUUUGUCUUAAUGGGAACAAAAUACAAGUUUAUUUGAGUGUUUUUCAUUUUAGGUUCUUUUUAUUAAUUUUAUAUAUGUAUAUCUUAAUGACAGCAGAUGGUGCUAGCUUUUGUUUUAAAGCUACGUCUUUUGUUGGAGAAUUAUUUAUGAUUAUUUGAUGCAUUUGCUGCAACAUGUAACAUUUUAGUGAGCACGUAGGCAACUUGUGCCUACAUUUUAAACAUUUUGUGAUACUAUUUUAUCUCUGGGAUUGAUUAUCAUCCUAGGGGGGAAAAUGGAACUAAUAAAAAUAUAUUUAGACUGUGAUUUUCAAACAAGCUUACAUAACAGAUUUGAUUGCUGUAAUGACAAAAUAUUCAUCAAUUGCAAUUGUUCUUGUAGCUUUAUUGAAGAGCUUGUAUACACACUGACUUCAAAUGUACGUAAAGUCAUAUCGUAGAAAUAACUAGAAACAAUUUGUUUGGACUAUAAUAAUUUUAUGACUGUGUGAAAUUUUUUAAUGUGAAUUUCAGAAAACUAAUGCAAGUGCCUUAUUGGGUACUGUGCAGUUUCAGCAUUUUCAAUACUUAACAUCAAGCGAGUCUUCAAAUAGUAGCAAGACUUUGUUUUGUGUGAAUUAAAAAUAUUUGUAUGGCUUUCUUUUCAGAGGCCAUUUUAUAAUGUAAGCCUUUUAUCAGAAUAAUCAUAUUUUAUAUGAGUUAUAACAUUUUUGAGUAAGAAUGAUGGUUUACAUUAUGAUUAUAGUAAAUACUAAAGCUGUCGAUUUUUUAUCUGGUUUAAUAGUAUGUUCUAAAUUGGUUGGAUCUCUACAAAACCAUCUACCACGACUAGCUUAAUGCUCACAAAAUACAGUUGUAUGAAUAUUUUUUUGGUCGUUUUAAUUUAUUUGUUUUGUGAAUGUUAUAAGAUGCUCAAGAAUAUGCAUUUUGUAAUACUCUUUAAUUCAAAUCAUAACUUAAGAGUAAAAUUUGUAAGUUUUAAUUUUAUACAAAAGUCAUAUUCACUGGAUAACAGUAUACUAUGUACCAUGAAAAUACACAGAUUCUUUGCUUAUGAAAUUAUAAAGUUUAAUGACAUGUUUAAUUUAAAACUUUUAGGGGUGUUUGAAGAUUAUUUAUUAUUAUUGUUAUUAUACUGACAUCUGAUUUGUGUCAAAAGUAAAAUUUUACCUUCAUUCAGCAACUAAAUUGAGAGAAAACUAAUACAGGAAAAGACUGAUAUAACAUGGUUGGCCAACCGUAAUAACCAUGUCAUCUGCUUAUUUUAUUUUAUUGAGAAGAGAGUUAAAUUUAAAAAUUAGAACUAUCAAACAGGGAACAGAUAGUCUUUGUGUGUCUGUAAACCAGGGUGCUAUGCUGUGCCCGUCCCUGCACGAUGGUUAAUAUCAUUCAAAAUGUGGCAAAGAAACUUGUAUGGGAGUUAAAUUUAAAAAUUAGAACUGUCAUCAAACAGGGAACAGAUAAGUCUUUGUGUGUCUGUAAACCAGUGCGCUAUGCUGUGCCCGUCCCUGCACGAUGGUUAAUAUCAUUCAAAAUGUGGCAAAGGAAACUUGUAUGGAUCUGGUAGAAAACAUUUUGCUAUAAACGUAAGGAAUGUCCGACUCAUUUACCGUGUUUUCUCGUAUAAUCGUCGCACAUUUUAUUCUAAAAUCAAGUUUUAAAAGUAGGGGUGCGACGAUUAUGAGGGGAAAAAAAUUUUUGUUAGGUAAAGUUAUUCAUAAAAACAAAACCCGUUCAUGGAAAGUACGUUUAUUUAAAAAAAAAUGGUGGAGUAUACAAUAGCACGCCAAACAAUCUAUAUUAAUAAUUCCUUAAACAAAAACCUUUCUUCAACUUUAAAUAGAAUAACCAAAACUCUAACGCGAACGCAAGCCACUUGAAUCUGACGUGAACUAACGUGUCGUAGUACACACUUGCCACGAAAGAAUGCGGGCUAUCAAAUGUAGUUAACUCGGAACCUGACAGAGAGCGCGCUUUGCAUCCAAUCUGCAAGAUAUCGAUAUUCGACUACGUGCACGCGCUCUAUACGAGAAGCAACAUAACCAAACAUGAAUGAUGCGCUGGCUACAUUUUUAUAAGCGGUACGCCGCGGUAACACAGACAAUCAGAUAAAGGAAAUACCGUUUAAAAACGUCUUUAAAAGAAAAUUUACACGUCAGACAACUUUGUAUUUCCGUUAAUUAAAUAAAUAAGUGGUAAUGACCGAAAUUAAAUUUUAGAUUAUACCUACACCGCGGCAACGCAGACGAUCAGAUAAAGGAAAUAACGUUUAAAAACGUCUUUAUAAGAAAAUUUACACGUCAAACAACUUCGUAUUUUUCCGUUAACUUAUUAAGUAAGUGGUAAUGACCGAAUAAAUAUUAGAUUUCUACUUUAAAAUACAUUGUUUUAUACGGAAAAGAUACCUGCACAAAGCGCUCGGCAUCUACUAGCGGGACCAAAAACAUCAUGCGACGUUUACGCGAGAAGUUUUUUUAUCCCAAUUUUGACAGCAUAAAAUAUGGUUGCGACGAUUACGCGCGUGCGACCAUUAUGCGAUAAAACACGGUAUCCGUAUAUGCCACAACAUGUUUUUCAAGUAGGUGUACCCCAUCCAUCUAGCAUUCUAACUUCCGCAGACAAUGUUUAUCUUGUCAGCUCAGUCAAAUAUCUUUUCAUGUAUUGACAAAAAAAAAGUCGCUUAACAUCGCAAAAAAAAAAUUUUGUCUCUUUCACCCAAGCACGCACACACUGCACAGCUGGUUGCCACCCGUCUCCUGCGUCCCCCUCCAUCUUUCUGACAUUCCAGGUCUUGCCUGCUCACCGAGCGAUAUCUCUGCGCUUAACCUCAUCGACCUCUCUGAUGUACGUAUUUAGUUGUGACCCAUGUCAGAUAAAUUAAUAUUUCCCUUAUGAAAUCGGUGUCAAAUGGACUUGUCGGUCGUUAAAAGAUAACAGUUGCACUCUGCAUUGAGCCUUAGGUGGUUCAAUAUGUUUUUCUUUUUGGAAGAUGUCUGCAAUUAAAAUAAAUAUUAAUGUAAUUUUAAAAACUUGUCAGUCUUGUGGCAGAGACGACUGGUCACAGCCUCUUGUGUUAAAAUGGGAAUAUUUUGACGUACGUAUAUGAGUUUGCGGAGUAUGUCAAACAGUCCAAAAUGUUUAUUACCGCCCUAUUCCCGGCAACAGUGAGGGGUCGUAAUAACACCGUUUUACUGCUAGGUUUGUGAAAUCUCUUCUGCGAAUAUGUAAAACCCUCUUAAAAAAACUGACUUAAGAAAAAUUUCCUGCUUACAGAGUUACCUUUGGAUCUAUAAAUACAUACAAUUUUACCCUUUUAAUAAGUCUCUAUUCCCAAGUACCUUCAGAAAUGUUAUAAAAGGGAUUUACUGUAUUUUUGAGGUUGUCAUCAAACCACUUCACUCCUUAACAUAGGUUUUCCUAGCUGCCAAGAUUUUGUCAUCCUGACAGCGUGCCAACUGCAUUUGCCAUGGCACAUUUUUUUGACAUUUCUAUUUACAAAUAAGCUGCUCAUUGGUGGAACAAUUUGCAUGCGCUGUGUGUGUUCAAACCACCCUCAUCCCUGCAUUACCUGCUCCCUGUGACAGGAGACACAAGGAAGGCCAGAUCCUCUCCCCUUCAGAAGUCUCGGCAUCCUAGUCGAACUAUUCUGAUCUUUCAAAUGUAGUGGACAUUAGUGCUAUGUAAACUUUAUACAUUCUUCAAUUUUGUGUUCCUUAUUAAAUCUUGUUUGUAUCAUUGUGUAUAGAAAUAAUUUUAAUGCUGCUUAUUAAUUUUUUAAUUAUUAAAAUUUUAUUAUUUUCUUUUAUUUGUUGGUAUUUCAAAAACUAUUAUUACAUUCUUAAUGUGUUAUUAUUCUAUUAGUCUAAAUUAAUGUUAUUGAUACAUAUUUUUUGGGUUGCGAGUGAUGUACUUCUUUUGUGCAACAGUUUUGUAUGUAAAUAAACGUUAAAAUUUCCAGUAUUCUUUCGUGUUAUGUGUAGGUGUGUGUCAAAACUUACUACCUGUGUAGUAGUAUAAUUGAUUUGCAAUAAUUCAUUGGUACAUAUGUUGCAUAAUACUUAUUGUUUAAUUUUUUUAGUAUAUAUAUAAUUUUUAUCUUUCGUAAAGUAUAUUACAGAUAUUAGGCAUGUGCUACAUAAAUUUUGUAUCAUUUUUCACUACUACUAUAUUUUGUUAACAUGACAAAAUUGGUUGCCUUUAUGAGUGUAAUUUGGUUAAAUAUUUAAAAUAAGAAAUAAUCUAUUAAAGUGCUCAUUAUUAUUUAGGGAGGAGGCAAAUUUUAAAAAUAAGUUGUACAUGCUAAUUCUGCAUAUACAGUAGAACCUCAUUUUUACAUAUUUCAAGGGACCAGGAAAAAAAUAUGUAAAAACUGAGAAAACGAAAAAUGAGGGAAAUGUUCAAAUUAUUUUAUCAUCUCACUAUAUGGGAAACAAUAAGAAAAUAUAUACCACACUAAAUAAUAUGUCAGAAACAGUUACGUUUUUAUAUAUUAACUAGAACUUCACUGCCUCACAUAAUUAAAAUUAUAAAUGUAUCCAAUAUCGCCGUUCUUCAUUAUUGCCGAAAGUUAAACAUGAAAUUUGCUGUUCUUUUGUAAGAGAUGAGAAUGUUGAAGCAUCUUGAUAUAGCCACUUGGUGCUGAAAUUUUGUAACACAAUUGAUUUUUGAACUUUGUAUUUAAUUACGUGUUAAAGUUUUAUUAAUUUCAGAUUUUUUGAGAAAUAAUACUAUAAAACGAUAGCUACCACCAUCAAUAUAAUUGUUUACGUUGAGGAAUAUAACUUAAAUUGCCAUUGCAUUGUUUGGAUAUUCAUUGCAGCCAUUUGACUUUUCAGAAUGUUUCUAAUGUGUUAAAAUGAACAUUGCCGAAUAUGCACCAAGACGCCAUAUUCAUAGGAAACUCGUACGUUGCUUACAACGUAUUUUAAUAAUGGAACAGUAAUCCGCUUUUUGUGUAUUUAAAAUGUGAGUUUACACCUUUAUUUUCAUGCAUAAUACAUUUAAGAUUAAAGGGGAACGCUAAGAAAAGUACUUAUUAAUUUUCAUGUUUAUGUCACCAUACGUUUGGUUCAUGGCCGUAUGGUGUACAAUAGCACGUGGCACAAAAAAAAAUUAAGUUGUUUACAAUGGCGAACGAAGCUGGGGUGACCAUACACUCAUGCAGUAACGCUUAAUAAUAAACUUCACGCUAUUCAUUUUGAGAAUUUAUUGUUUUCUCUAAAAUUUUCCAAUGGUUUGCCACGAAAUACAGCACUAAUUCUACGUAAACAGUGGGAAAUGCUUUUGCACAAGGCAGGAAAAGAAUGCAUUAUUAGAAUAGGGAAAUUGACAGUGCAUGUAAAAAAAUACGUUAAUCGCGGGAAUUCGUAUAUCGCGGGUACGUAAAAAUGAGGUUCUACUGUAGCUGCAACUAAAGUGUACAAAAUUAUAAUUACUUUGUUAUUUCAAAAGUGUGUUCAUGGUAUAUGUUAGCAACAAAUUUAUUUUAUAUUUAUAUUUUGUUUGUAAAUCUUAAAGUUGUUUAGAAUCUAGUCUGGAAUUUUGAAUUAUGUAUAUUGAGGUGGCUGCCAUUCACUCCAGUAAAUAUAUAUACUUAUAUAUUUUUUUGUUAUGUUUAUUUUAGUUUCAACAAACGCAUAAGCAUCUUCUGUAAUGAUUAUUACUUAUGCUAUUUCAAUUUCACCCUUUCAUUCAAAAACAAAUAAUUAUUAUAAAUACAUAUUAUAUUUCAGUUAUUUGUAAAUGAUUGUCAUAAAUUGUAAAUGUACAAAGUUAAACUUAACGUCACACAGUUACACACGGAGACUUAAGGCGGCACGACAGCUAUGAUUACAGCGAGCUCCAAACCAUUUUGCUCAUGAGUGAAAGUCACGCUGGGAGUUGAAAUUGAACCCAUUACCAUUGCCAUAUGGUUUACAGGUUUGGGUGAUAUUUCACCCUACCCCCUUUGUAUCUACUACUUGUUUUGUUUCAUCUCGUACUAAUUAGAGUCAGUUUAAUUUUGCCGAAGGUUUAUCUGAGAACUCGGAGUAUUGUAGCAGGUAGUGUGAACCAUUUUGCAGUUUCUGUGGUCACUUUGGCUUGCACAUUAGUAUAUGAGUUCACUCAAAGAUUAGGUGUUUAACUAUAGCAAGAUUGAAUGGUGCAGACGAACAACUGUGUCUAUAGACACAUCCAGGAGAGAACACUCGAGAUAAAUUAUGCCAGAGAAGCCAUUGGCUCAACCCUUGUAAAAUAAAUGCUUUAGGUGGCAUUACCCCCUUCCCUUCAUGUUGACUAUAUUUUUAAUUUUUCGUCACGACAUGCAUUACAGAUUUGAAAUUUUAGUAGCAUUUGUGGCCUAGCAUGGCAUUUCUAAUUAAUAACCAUGAUAUGUUUCAUAGUCAUAAAAUAUCUAUGUUAUGUAAAAAUGUGUAUACUGUUCCUGGAAAGGGUAAGGUUUUGUUUUUGUCAACAAAGUUGGUGCCUGUUGUGUGUAGGAAUAAUUAUGUGUAUUAAAUGUUGAGAGUAACUGUUUUGAGCUAGGUUGUUGAACUGAUCUUUAAUUAAAGAUGAGCGCUGUAUUUGAACAUUUGAAGUAAUAUACAAUAACUGUCAACAUUUAUCCUCGGAAAGCUUUGCAAAGAAAAUGUCAAUUAAAAUUUAAUGCACAACUAAGUAAUACUAGUUUUUUUGUAAUGUUGUAUGUCAGUUUGCGAGCAUGAAAAACACUGUCUCAGUUAAACUUUAUUAAAUUUAUAAAAAUUAUUAUCAGUUCAUUUUUAAGAAUGUACCUAUUAUUUGGUUGAAAUUGUAACCAAAAAUAUGUUGUAUGAACCUACAUACAAAAAAAAAACAUUUUCAUAAAUUGUAUAAGCAUUGUAAAAUUAUAUUAGCAUAAUUAAUUGCAAUUUUCAAAUGUGCCAAAUUUUACAGCAUCAAAAUUAUGAACAGAGACUUACUGUACUUGUGUGGCAGUGUACAUGAAUGCUAAUUUUCAUAACAGACAGAACUAUGUAGUCACAUUUUAAUAUAAAAGAUGUAACCACAUUAUUGAUUUUACUUAACUGUCUAUUAUUAAUCGUUAUAAUUUAUUCCACUCUUAAAAGAGAUGUGACUAUUAAGAUUUUUUUCACGUAUAGAUGUUUUGCUUAAGUACAGAAUUUUUAUAUCUGAAUAGUGCGUACCAAUCCACUUUUUCAUAAAAAACUUGUACUUCUGCAAUGGUAUUCCUGUUGAUUACAAGAAAUGUCGCAGUUUCACUAAUUCUUUCCUCUAACUUUCUGGUGGUCGAGUGUUCAGAUUGCUCGCACCCCACCAAAGUAAUCCAGGUUCGAUUCCCUGGGGGGAACAUGGCAGAAGUUGCAUUGAGCCGGUGGUUUUCUCUGGGUUCUCCAGUUUACUGCCCUGCCACUCUCGUAUCUCCCUUUGUCAUCUCUAAACUUUGGUGUCAAGACAUUAAGCCCUUAUUCAGUCAUUAACCUCGUACUAUAUAGUGCAUGUGAUAAUGUUUGAAGAUUUUGAUUUUUAAUAUCUGCAGAUAACUUUGAAUAUUUGUGACUUGCCAUUCCACUUGCAUAUAAAGAACAAAGAUGAUUUUGAGAGCUGUUCUGAUGUCCGAUGCUGGUUUUGGAUAUCGGCCGAUACCAAGGUAUUGGAAGGUAUUUGGGGUAUUGGAAGGUUUUUUUUUUAAUGUGUGCUAUGUUUUUAUCGUAUUUUAAAUAAUAUUUUUAUCUUUAUUGAAUUAGUUUAGUUAUAAUUUUAAAGGAAAAUAUUUAAAUUUUCAACUUAGGAUGGUUUAACUACAAGAAAAUAUAAAGAACUGUUUUUACCUAAUAAAUAAGUAAUGUAUUUUUCAAUAAUUCUGCUUUUAAUUUAGAUUUGUAAAGAAAAAUAAUAAUUUUCAGUUAAUUAUUUGUAUAGUGUGACAAAUAAUUGUAAGUGUUGAUUGUAGUAUCAGUUAUUGAUAGUGGAAUUGGAAAUUGGUAUCAGAACAGUACUAAAAAAUUUUGAAGUUUAUCUGUGGAAUGCAGUUUUUUUGUCACAUGAUGAUGCAAUCACAGGUCAGGCUGAAGAGCACUGUAGUAGCACUAAUGGAAUAUGACUUGGCUGAUUCAAGAGAAGGUACAUGUAUUGUAAACGCUUACUACAAAUACUUAAACACUACUGCACAGAUCAGUGGUUGCCUAAAUUAGUGUUAUUGUCUUUUCCCAUAGUGUUAACUAUAAUUUGUUGAUAUUUAUGCUUUCUCCAUGUUGGUAAAAACUGCCGAAACGACAUACGUAGUUGUCUCAUUCAAAUUAAUUUUUAAAAACCUUUUUUUAUAACAUGCAAGAUCAUGUUACAAAAUGCAAAGAGUUCCAUGGUGUUCAUUUUGUGCUAGUUAGGUAUCAGUUAUAUGUCUUGUAUGGAGUGUUAAAUAACAAUGAUAGAAAUGUGUUAGUUAUCAUUUGGAAACCACCCUAGAUUUUAAUUUAAGUAUGUUUUCUUGGGAUAGCCUGGACCUGAGAAAAUAUUCUCCAGGAAAUAAAUGAAAAGAUAAUCACUAGUAAAUUAAAGAAAGGGCAUACCAAAUUUUGACAUUUUGUUGCUGCAAAAAAAAACUUUUAUAAUGCAAAGGUUUUUGGCAUAGAAAAGGACAAACUAUCUAUCUUAUUAUUUUUAGUAGAUAUUUGUAAACAAAUAUUUGCAAUCUGAUCUGGUGAAAGUCACCACAAAUUUAACCAACAACAUUUCUGCAUUUAUUUUGUAUGGAUUCUAUUAGGGGUAAUAUUUUUAAUAGCCAGCAUGUAAGAACAUAUUGUUAUGGUGCCAGUAUUUGUAUGAAAUUUUUUAAAUGUGUGAUUGUGGUUUCUUGGCUGUGUGUACUUUAUCUUCAUAGGUUAGUAAUUCUUUAUGUUUGGAGCCUAGGUAUCAAAACUUAGCAUAAUCCAGCUGUGAUUACUUCUGGUAAACUAUUUCUAAAACGUAGUAGUAUUGUAAAGUCAAAAAAUUGUGCUUUUACUACUAAAGUAUGUUUUUUUAUUUAAACUUGGUUUUAAAAUUUAAUUUUUGUUAUGUGUAUGGCAGUUUUGGUACUAAAAUCUUUUUUUUCUGUGGAAGUGAAAACUUUCUCAUAGAUUCUUUUGAGAAAUGUAAAUAAAAAAUAUUGAACAUUUACCAUAUUUCUCAACCAAAUAAGGAGUUUAAUAUUUAAGCAAUGAUGUUUCUAGUCAACUUCUAUAGAUUUGUUGAAAUUAUAUUUAUUUUCUCUCUCAUAAUAAUUGUGUAAACUAUUGUUUUCAAAUGUAAAUGUUACAAUUUUAAUUAUUUUUUUUUUUUUUGCAAAUUAAGUAUGGUCCUAAAUGUCACUUGUGGUCCUUUUAAUGACUUUCAAGGUUUUAAUAAAAAUUGAGAUCUCAAAAAGAAGCAUGUUCAACAUUAGUUUAUAUUACCUUGGUUAAUUUAGCCUAUCUUUUUUUUUCUCCAUAAUUUUGUACUACUUUUAAUCAGUCUGUGUAUUAUUUUAUUUGUGUUAUUUUUUCUUAACAUACAAAAUGUGUUCAUCAAGACGUUUUAUGUAAUUUUUUAGGCAUAAGCAUAGUAUAAAAUACAUGUAAAGAAAUGUGAAGUGAAACUUAUAUGAAUAAAAAAAUUUAUAGUAUUUGUACUUGUACAAAGUUGAGAAAAUGUUAACUAUUUUCUUUCACAAAUAAAAUUGCAAUAUCAACACA